AUGUUAUCUGUAUCACAAUUGGGAGGUAGUGGAGGCGUAGGUGCAGCUGUAGCGGGAUCAUCAUCGAACGGAUCAUCAUCAACGGCAGCAGCAGCAGCAUCAGCAGCAGCAUCAGCACAACUUCGACAAAAGUAUAUGGAUAUUAUAGACCACGGAAACAAACAUCCUCAAACAGUACAACAGAAUCUACAUCUACUCAGAAAGACUAUCUUAAUGGAAGGACUACCACUAGAGAGCGAGGAGGAGAUCAAAGACAGAAGAUCAGACUCUUCUUCACAAUGCAGUCUACGUGGAUUGGUUUGGAAGAUUCUAUUGGGUAUACGUGACCUCGAACCAGACAGAUACUUGGAGCUGUUGGAGCGUGGUCAAUCGGAUCAAUACCAAAAGAUUCGUAAAGACAUUAGUAGAACGUUUAUGAAGGAUGCAGAGUUUUCACAAUCAGUGUCACAAGACAAGUUAUCACGUUGUCUCAAUGCUUUUGUUCACAGUUGUCAAGAAAGAGGAUCAAACAUCUCUUAUGUUCAGGGUAUGAAUGUUAUCUGCGGUGCAUUCCUAUACGUACUCCCUGAACUAGAUGCUUUCAAUUGCUUUCAAACUCUUGUAUAUCAAUAUUGUUAUUUAUAUUUAGAACCAAAAAUUUCUGGUGUUCAUACUGCUUUAAAAAUUUUAGAUACAGUUUUAGAAUUUGUUGAUCCUGAAUUAUUUGGUUAUUUAAAAUCAAAGUCAUAUGAUUCUGUUUUAUUAACUCAUGCUAUUCUAAGUAUUGGAACAAGUACACCACCUUUGGGAGAAUUAUUACAUCUUUGGGACUUUUAUUUUGCAUUUGGUAUUCAUUUAAAUGUUAUUAGUACGAUUUCAAGAUUAUUAUUGAUGAGAGAUACAUUGUUGGCACAUCCUUCACCAUGUUCAUUAUUUAGAUCAUUGCCAGAUUUGGACGCAGAAACUAUUAUCAAUCUAUCUCUAUCCAUCAUCCGUCAAUUACCAGAUGAACUUUAUGAAUUAUUAGUUGAUCAUCCUGUAUUUGAAAUUAGUGGUACAAGUCAAGAAGAAGAAUAUUAA